GCGAAAGGCGUGCGCGCCCCGAUCCCAUUUAAUGCCCCACACGUCGGAAGACUUCCACCCUCUUCGGCCUUAACCCACACAACAUUGUAAAAACAAAAUGAAUGUCGUGAAAAAGGUUCUUCUGCUUCACCUUCUAGUUGCGUGUCAGCAGAUACUGUUCGCCCAGUCGAGCAAGGCAAGAAAGGAAGAAAUGAACCCCCUGAAUUUCCUGCCCAGCAGUUCUCUGCUGUACCCCCUGGAUUUCCAGCAAAAUUGGCAGGCGUCGGAGCCAACCCCCCUUGAGAUUCACUACGACGUCCCGGCGUACGGAUAUAAAGAUUUACUCAUGGCACUUGAAUACCACAACGAUUUGGAACAUUAUGACAAAGAAAGGGGGGAAGCAAAAAGAAGGAUCGUAGAGGAACAAAAUAGGCUGGAAGAGAACCUCUGGAGGAAAGUACAGCACCUCAAGAUGAAGGAAAAGAAUUUGCAAAAUGGGAACUUCUUGAGGGCGCGCAAAGAUCAGAUAUGACACAGCCUUUUUCCUUUGCAGAGUGGGGAAGCCCCUUUUGUCUACUCCUCCGUUUCUCCUUUUUUUUGUGAAAUUUGUGCAUAUUGCCUUGUUCGGCGGGGUUACUUUUCCGCUCUGCUUUACCCCCCUCUUACUAACUAGCUAAAAUGUAGACUCUCAAAGAGGUUUUAACUGUAUGGUUU